AACCCGGCUCGCCAUGGCGUCAGUAAGCGAGCACUGGAGGCGCUGCAGGCCCCGGUGUCCCGAUCCUGCUCCGCGGGAACGAGAUGGGUAUUCUUGCUGUAUUUGCUCUACCAUUGCUUCUCUUAGGGAUCAGUGGAAUUAUUUAUAUUUACCAGUCAGUCAGGUGGCUUUUGUCCAAGUCAGCGGUGCAGAACAAGGUGGUGGUGAUUACGGAUGCCAUUUCUGGACUAGGCAAGGAAUGUUCUCGUGUGUUUCACUCAGGAGGAGCAAGGCUUGUGUUGUGUGGCAGGACAUGGGAAAAGUUAGAAGCCUUGUAUGAUGCCUUAAUUAGUGUGACAGACCCAAGCAUGACAUAUGCGCCAAAGCUCAUACUUCUGGAUAUCUCAGACAUAAACUGCAUUCGAGAUGUAGCCAAGGAAAUCCUGAAUUGCUAUGGCUGUGUGGAUAUACUAAUCAACAAUGCAAGUAUGAAGGUGAAAGGAGCAGUGCAGAGCAUUUCACUGGAACUUGAUAAAAAGAUAAUGGAUGCCAACUAUUUUGGACCUAUAACAUUAACCAAAGCCAUUCUUCCCAACAUGAUCUCAAGAAGAACUGGUCAAAUUGUUCUCAUUAAUAGCAUUCAAGGGAAAAUAGGAAUCCCAUUUCGUGCAGCCUAUGCUGCCUCCAAGCAUGCUGCUGUAGGUUUUUUUGAUUGUCUUAGAGCUGAAAUGGAAGAAUUUGAUAUUUCUGUCAGCACUGUGAAUCCAACCUUCAUCUGUUCAUACCAUCGCCAGCCAGCACCUGGCAACUGGGAGGCAUCUAUUUGGAAAUUCUUUUUCAGGAAGGUGGCAUAUGGUGUACACCCAGUGGAGGUAGCAGAGGAAGUCUUGCGCACAGUGAGCAGGAAGAAGCAGGAGGUUCUUAUGGCCAACCCUAUCCCCAGAGCAGCAGUGUACAUUCGAACCUUCUUCCCUGAGCUGUUUUUUGCCAUUGUUGCCUCAGGUAUUAGGGAAAAGCUAAAGACAGAGGAGGAAAAUUGAUUUUGUUCAGUUAUUUUCACUGGGUUUGACUUGAAAAAAAAGUUUCUGUUUCAAAUGUCAGUGAUUUCUGCUGCUUGCUGUGGGUAGAAUAAAGCUACUACCACUGACACACAUUCACCCAUGGAGCUUCUACUCUUCUGGAUUUAGGGAAUAUGAAAUGUCAUUUUUUACAUUAGAACAGUAUGGGAAAAGCCCUACUAGGAACUCUGUCACUGCAUAAUACAGUGAUUCCCAAUCUAAGUCAAAGUUUGGGGACAUGCAAUAACUCACCAGAAUAAUCUGUUAGUGCUAGAAAUGAUGGGAACUUACAGGAACAAAGAGAUGGGGAAGCAGGGAUAUGUGGGAGAGAGAGGAGUAAAAACCAAUGGAAAACGAAGUUAGAGCCUGGCUCAGAGUGUUCCUCAGAUAAGCUUUUUGGAAAUUCUAACAGGAUAUGCAAAUGGCAAACCCAAUAAAGGCUUAUCUGGUUCAAUAUCCACAACAGGAUCCUGGAGUACAUGCUUAAAAAAAUAGAGCAGCCUUCCAGGUUCUGGCAUUCUGCUUCACAGUUUGAAACAGACUCUGUCUCUGCAUUUUUUAAAAAACUAUCUAUAUUUCACACAAAUCUUUCAAGUCCUUAUUUCCCUGAGGAAAGGAACUAGUCAUAUAUAAAAAAAGACUGCCUUACAUUUAUUUUAAGCCUGACGUCAGGUAAUAUUCUCUGAUAUCUCCUACUUCUUUUAGUGUGAGAGACACAAAAUAAUGGUACUCAAGUCAUUCAAGCCCAAUC